AGUUGUUGAUUUUUCCGGAAGCUCAAGUGCUCAAGUGCUUGAGAAAUGGAAGAGCAUAGGGAGUACAAGGAAAUCUUGUACCAGUGCCUCGAUGCACUCUUUACAAGACCCAAAGAAACAAUUCUCACGCCAAAGAAGUCUCUUGGUGACCGGUACUAUCAGUUUCAAGUGUCUGAGCAGUUUGUAUCGAAAAAAUAUCAGAAAUAUGGAAGUAAAUUUCUUGAGCACUGCAAUAAACCUGUGACCAAUGGUGUAGUUAUCAAAAUUGGUGAUUGCAAGACCAUUCCGGAUUUAAGAUUCGCUGAUGAUGUCAAACUUGAUGAAUUGUUCUCGAUUUAUAUUCCAAGUCACAGAAAAGCUGCCACACAACUUCUGGAGAUUUUUCUUGAAUGUCCAACUAUUGAUGAACUCAUCUCACUUAUGGUUUACUGCCAUGAGAGAGUUAAUGUGUACCUAUUUAAUUGGGUUCUUUGCAUCACUGUCCUCAAUCAUCCUCACACACAGGACUAUGUACUUCCUGUAAUUCCAGAAAUUUUUCCGGAAAAAUACCUCGACGGUGACAUAUACCGACAUGUUGUUCAGGCUCUCAAUCUCAUUCCAAUUGAAGAUCGCACUCCUAUCGAAAUUCCACAAAAUUUCACUGCAACACUCUUUGAACCCGAACAGCGAUGUGCAUACUUCCGCGAAGACAUUGGGCUUAACUUUUUCUAUCUUAUGUACACCUACGCCUAUCCCUUCAAUGGGACUGCUAAUGUGGUUAAAAAGGAACGUAGAGGAGAAGUUUUCUACCACGUACACCAACAGAUCUUGGCCAGAUACAACUUUGAACGCCUCUGCAAUGGACUUCAUCGUACAACUAGGCUCAAUAACUUCGACAAACCCCUUAAUGAGCCCUAUUUUCCCAAGCUCAACACUACCGUGGGCAGUAGAAACUACCCUGCUAGAUUUGCAGACUCUGUCCUUGAUGAUCUCGCCCGCGAAAAGGAUAAGCUAACAGUUGAUAAAUCAGCUUUAAGUCGUUUUCGAGAUCGUAUCCUGGAGGCGUGUGACAAGGGCUACGCUCUUUGCGCCAACAACAAAUCAGUUGCCUUAGAUGAUGACACCGGUAUAGAUGUCUUAGGCAAUAUGAUCCAGUCUUCACCACUCUCGCCAAACCAAGAAUACUACGGAGACUUGGCUAAUUUGGGCCAUCUUUUCAUUGGCUUCUGCCAUGAUCCCGAUGGACGCAAUCUUGAAGGUUUCGGUGUCAUUAGUGAUCCUGCAACUGCUCUUAGAGAUCCGGCCUUCUACCGGUGGUAUGCUCUCAUAGUGGAUAUGUGCAAUCAUCACAAGCGUUCCCUACCACAUUACACAAAAGAAGAACUGGGAUAUCCAGGAAUAAAUAUCACUCAUGUGGAAACAUUCAUUCUCACUAAGCAAGGAGCUCCUGUUAAGAACGAAUUGCUGACAUUCUGGGAGAAGAAUGAUAUAAAUAUUUCAAAGGGUUUAGACUUCUCUCCAACGGAACCACUCUUUGCCCGGAUUACUCAUAUGCAGCAUCAGAAGUAUAGUUACAAGAUUGUCGUGGAAAACAGUGGUUCACAAUGUGAAGCUUCAGUCAGAAUCUUUUUGGCGCCCAAAAAAGAUGAAAGCAACAGUCUGUUUUCGUUUGAUGAUCAAAGGGAUUUCUUCAUCGAAAUGGAUUACUUCAACGUAACUCUUCGACCAGGGUCUAAUACAAUUGUCAGACGCUCUACUGACUCAAGUAUCUUGGACUGGAUGAAGUAUUCAGUUAGCAAUAAGUUCCGCAUGAAACACAGUGACAAGCCAAACAACUAUACCGGAUUGGGAUGGCCACUGAACCUUCUGGUGCCCAAGGGAAAAGCCAAGGGUUUUGAGUGUGAUCUUUUCGUAAUGGUGGGAAAGGACUUGAUUAAACCACAUGGCAGUGACAGAAGUUUAGGUUUCCCAUUUGAUCGACCAGCUUCAAAUAAGGUUCACCAUCUCAGUGACUUCCUCUGCGAAAAUAUGUUUGUUCAGACAGUUAAAUUAUACUUCCUCAAUCAAACUCUGGACAAGACUGACGGAGCCUCGCAACCGUUCGUCAACUGAACUGACUCAAAGAAAAAUCUCUGUAUUUCAAGCAAUAAAGCGUAGCUGUUUAACAUUCUAAA